AUGAUUAAGUCUCACGACUCGCCGUUUCAUCACUUGUUUGACACUUUCGAAGUGAUCGGAAGCGGAAAGUUUGCAACAGUCAGGCGGUGUGUGGAGAGACAGACGGGCAAUGAAUUCGCGGCCAAAUUCAUACGCAAACGGAGUUCCACCGGACGAAUGGGACAGGCAUUGGAGGACAUCAACAGAGAGAUCGACUUAUUGAGAGAAAUCGAUAACAAUUAUAUCAUUAAAUUACACGAUGUGUUUGAUUGUGGAAAUGAAAUGAUCAUUGUUUUGGAAUUAGUGAAAGGCGGAGAACUAUUUGAGUUAAUAUCGGAAAAGGGAUGUCUGGCCGAAGAGGAAGCCGUGCAUUACAUGAAACAGAUUCUGAUGGCUAUCAAGCAUUUACACGACAGGAAUAUCGUUCACUUGGAUCUGAAGCCCGAGAAUAUUCUGCUGAGCGAUAAGACCGCCAAACGAAUCAAAUUAAUUGAUUUCGGAAUUUCGCGCAAAAUCGUCAACGAUUUGGAUGUCAAAGGACUUUACGGGACCCCGGAAUUUGUCGCUCCGGAGAUAAUAAAUUACGAAUCGGUGAAUACGGGAACAGACAUGUGGGCCAUCGGUUGUAUGGCUUAUAUUUUACUGAGCGGUGCCUCACCAUUCCUGGGCGACACUAAACAGCAAACUUUUGUUAACAUAACGGCCGCUGAUUAUCAUUUCGAUGACCAAUACUUUGCUAAUAUUAGUAACGCAGCCAAAGAUUUCAUAUCAGGACUAUUAGUGAAAAAUUCAAAGUAUUUUACUAACUAUUCAAUUUGA